GCAAUGGUUGUAUGAACAUAGAAUGUCGCACGAAUGGGGGAGAUGAAGGGAUCCCCGCGAUAUGGCCCUCUUUUGUUUGAAAGCACUGCGAAAUAGCUGGUAUUUCAGAUGACAGUUGGUGGGGUAAGACGCCUGCAAAAAGCUGCCCCUCCACACCUCGAUGGCCCCAGUUUCCAGAACUGUUUUCGGCAGCGGCCGAGUCAUGCAGCUCUCUGCGGCACCCUGGUUUUCAUCUGCUAAGGCUUAUCCAAUUCUAUGGGAGCGGUUAGAUAACCUAUUCUCACCUAGCUGGUUCCUUGGCGUCCAAGUUCGAGUGUCCACUGUAAGUAAGCCUAAGAAGCCCAAAUCGUAUACCUUAGGCGCUCACAAGCUAAUAUUUUUUUUUUUUUCGACGGCCGGAUCCGAAUGCGGAGCUGUAUGGGAAGGAGACUGGCCGGAGAGAGCCGAGCAUUCGACUUUAGCUGGCGGUGUGAAGUUUGGUUGUCGCCAUUUCGAUGGUGCUCAUUCAUUCCGGGCAUUGAUAUGAAGUAGCCAUAAGGCAUAGAUCAUAAAUAGUAGAAAAAGAACUGUAAAAUGCAAAGCGGAAAGAAUUCUUUUGGUAUAUGACGAGCAACGAAA